AGCUGGCCUUUGCCGGAGUUUAAUCCAAGUCAGAUACGACUAAUUGUGUACCAAGACUGUGAAAGAAGAGGGCGAAAUGUUUUAUUUGAUUCCAAUGCCAAGAGAAGAACAGAAGAUGUGUCAAUCUCGAAGCUCUGCAGUGAUGCACCAGUGAAAGUCUUUGGAAAAUGUUGCCAGCUCAAGCCUGGAGGAGAUAGUUCAUCUUCUUUGGACAGUUCAAUCAAUUCCUCCUCUUCUUCUACUGAAACAAAAGAACACUGUCCAAAAUUUCAGGGCUCUCGAUGUACUUCAGAUGCCAACAUGCUUGGGGAGAUGAUGUUUGGUUCUGUGGCUAUGAGCUACAAGGGCUCAACUUUAAAAAUCCACCAGAUCCGCUCUCCUCCACAGCUUAUGCUGAGCAAAGUUUUUACAGCUCGAACAGGAAGCAGUAUUUAUGGAAGUUUAAACACGCUUCAAGACAGUCUUGAGUUUAUUAAUCAAGAUAAUAAUACUUUGAAGCCAGAUCAUACCACAAUUAUGAAUGGACUGCUUAUGAACAUAGGUUUCUCACAGCUUUGCAGCCCUAGGCGGGCAUUCUCUGAACAAGGUCCGCUCCGCCUGAUCCGGAGCGCCUCUUUCUUUGCAGUUCACAGCAACCCUAUGGACAUGCCUGGCAGAGAGCUGAAUGAAGACAGAGACAGCGGAAUUGCAAGAUCUGCAUCUCUUAGCAGCCUGCUUAUCACUCCUUUUCCAUCUCCGAGUUCUUCACUGAACAGAAGCUGUGCUAGCAGUUACCAACGGCGCUGGCGUCGCAGUCAGACAACAAGCUUGGAGAAUGGAGUCUUCCCUAGAUGGUCGGUGGAAGAAAGCUUUAACUUGUCAGAUGACAACUCCAGCCCAAACCCAGGAAUUGUCAGGAAAAAGAAGAUAGCAAUUGGGGUGAUAUUCUCACUUUCAAAGGACGAAGAAGAAAAUAGCAAAUUUAAUGAGUUCUUUUUCUCACACUUCCCUCUUUUUGAGAGCCAUAUGAAUAAGCUGAAGAGCGCAAUAGAACAGGCUAUGAAAACGAGCCGUCGGUCAGCUGAUGCCAGCCAACGGAGUUUGGCAUAUAACAGGAUUGUGGAUGCCUUAAAUGAAUUCAGAACAACAAUUUGCAAUCUCUAUACUAUGCCACGGAUUACAGAACCAGUUUGGCUUACGAUGAUGUCGGGGAUGCCCGAGAAGAACCAGCUGUGCCAUCACUUUAUGAAGGAAUUUACUUUCCUAAUGGAACAGGCUUCCAAGAACCAAUUUUUACCUGCUCUUCUAACUGCAGUUUUGACAAACCAUCUGGCCUGGGUUCCAACUGUCAUGCCAAAUGGCCAGCCACCAAUUCGAAUAUUUCUAGAGAAGCAUUCCUCACAGACAGUGGACUUGUUGGCAAAGAGUCACCCAUACAAUCCACUGUGGGCACAAUUAGGAGAUCUCUAUGGAGCCAUUGGAUCACCCGUGAGACUAUCAAAAACAGUUGUGGUUGGCAAAAGGCAAGAUCUUGUGCAACGCUUACUUUAUUUCCUUACUUACUUCAUAAGAUGCUCUGAGUUGCAAGAGACUCAUCUUUUGGAAAAUGGUGAGGAUGAAGCCAUAGUGAUGCCCGGUACAGUCAUCACCACAACACUAGCAAAAGGAGAGGUGGAGGAAUCUGAAUAUGUGCUCGUCACAAUGCACAAGAACAGAAGCAAUCUAUCUUUUCAAGAGUCCGAAGAAUUGAGAACUUCUGACUGCAGUUGUAAACAUUGCAAAUGCCCUGUUAAUCCUAGUCAAAGUGCAGAUACUGCUUCAGGACUGGAGAAAGAAGAUUCACAGAACACCCCCAAAAUGGAUAAAGCUGCUUCAUGUGAAAGCAGUGUGGAGCCUUCUAAUUCUCAAGAAAAGUCUGUUGAAGUUAAGUGCAAAGAAACACCAAUGCCUUGCGCAGGAAUAAAGUUAGAAAGAGUAGUCUUCACAGGAUCAGCUUCUGUGGAAACAUGUGUGUUGCCAGAGUCCAGAUUAGAACCGGCUGAUGGAUUGUGGGAGAACAGAGAAUUGAUAGAUUCUGACAAUCAGCCUGUUGAACUGUUGAGAUCAACAAGUACAAUGAUAGAGAAGAAACCACCUGAUAAAAUGUCAUCUCAUGCAAUUCCUUGUAGUGUGGCUGAAGUUCAAGCAAAGGUGACUUUCCUCAUUGGAGAUUCUAUGUCCCCUGAUUCAGAUAUUGAGGUGCGAAGUCAAAUGGCUGAAGAACAAAUGACCAGGCACAGCAGCCAUAGGGAGAUCAAAGAAGGAACAACUGCUGAGCAGAACUGUGAAAAACAAACCCUUGAGGACCAAAAAAGAGAUCAGAAUACGCCCGAAAAGUUCCCUCAGGUUACCAUUGAGGUCCAGAAUUGGAAUUCUUACAGAGCGGAAAGUGCAAAUUUGCUUACCGAAUAUUUUAUUGAAGAAGAUUCUGUUGUAACUAGGACUAUAGAUGAUAUUCCAGUGAAAACAGCAAGAGACAUUCUAGACUCUAAUAGUAGCUUAGAAUUUCCACCCAAAACUUUGUGUACAAAGAAUAAUAAAUCCCCUAGUGAAUUUUGUAAGUUUAUGGAAUCUGUUCGUCAAGAGACUUGUAAAAACUGUUUUGCAGAACAGGACCAAAGAGAAAAACUCUCCAUGUUUAUCCCCCAUGGGGAAAGAGAGAACUUAGAAAAAAAAUCUGAUCCAGGUGUGGAUUGGGACAUUCCAAGAAAUGAGAGUUCUGAUAGUGCUCUCGGUGACAGUGAAAGUGAAGAUGCAGCUCAUGAUGCUGCAAGGACAAGCAGCAAUUAUUAUGGGGCAGAGCAAGAAGAAUGGGCAGAAGAAGAGGAUAUACCAUUUCCUGGGUCAAAAUUAAUUGAAGUGAACUCUGUCCAGCCCAGUAUUGCCAAUUUUGGAAGGUCCUUGCUAGGUGGCUACUGUCCAUCUUACGUACCUGACUUUGUUUUGCAAGGACUAGGAAAUGAUGAGAAACUGAGACACUGUUUGAUGUCAGAUUUGUCGCAUGCUGUGCAGCAUCCUGUUCUGGAUGAACCAAUUGCAGAAGCUGUCUGCAUUAUCGCAGAUACUGAUAAAUGGACAGUGCAAGUGGCCAGUAGCCAGAGACGAAUCAUUGACAACAAACUUGGGAAAGAUGUACUAGUCUCUAACCUUGUCUCCAACCUGCUUCAUUCCACUCUUCAACUUUAUAAGCAUAAUUUAUCUCCAAAUUUCUGUAUCAUGCACCUAGAAGAUCGGUUGCAGGAGCUGUAUUUUAAGAGUAAAAUGUUGUCGGAAUAUCUCAAAGGCCAAAUGCGGGUUCAUGUGAAGGAGCUGGGAGUAGUACUGGGGAUUGAAUCCAGUGAUCUCCCUUUAUUGGCAGCUGUAGCAAGCACCCACUCUCCAUAUGUUGCCCAGAUUCUUCUCUAAAACCCCAAAAGGGCAAAGACAA